GCUUCUGCUGUCAACGAGAUUCAUUGCUUUCUUCUGCAUUGCAUAUUGCCAUUUAGCCGUGUACAUCGAAGUCGUCAGUGCCCUCAAGACCUGUACACACAUUUCGUCAGCUCCCACGAAAGCAUUCUUGUACCAAAAGCUUCAUAGCAUCUCUUGAUCCUCCGAAAUCAUUAGCGACAAUGGCGUCUUCCAAGUACAGCGCCGAAGAUGUUAAGCGUGCCCAUGAGAUUUUGUACAGCGAAGGCAUCAAGAUGCGGUACCAGGUUGCUGGAAAGGAAUACGUCGACAAGUCUCUAGCGGCAGCGAACAAUCCAUUCGCGAAAGCCAUGCAAGAAUACGUCUCGGAAUCCUGCUGGGGCAGCAUCUGGACGCGCCCAGGGCUGGAACUGAAGACACGAUCGUUCUUGAACAUUGCCAUGCUGUGCUGUCAGAAUCGCGGAACGGAAUUGGCAACGCAUGUGAAGGGCGCUUUGAACAAUGGUGCGAGUGAAGAGGAGAUCCGAGAAGUGAUAUUGCAGGCUGCAUGUUAUUGUGGAAUGCCGGCGGGAAUUGAAGGCUUUCGGGUUGCGUGGAAAGCGGUGGAGGAGUGGAGGGCGCAGAACCCGGGCAAGCAGAGGAGUGGAGGGGAUGCGGCCGAGGGAGCGGAGGACAGGCAUGUGGAUCUGGAUCUGGCGAGUCGCGCGAAGGAGGAAUAGAAGGCCACAC